GCACUUCUUCCAUUGUUGAAAAGGGCAUCAGAGGCCAACUACGAUCUACCACUUGGCAGUAGCAAAUCAGCUGUCAUAAACAUGAGUUCUAUUCUGGGAUCUAUCAGCCUGAACGACGAUGGUGGAUUUUAUCCAUACAGAUGCUCAAAAGUAGCUUUGAAUAUCUCAACAAAAUCCCUGAGUGUCGAUCUGAACAAUGAUGGAAUUCUAGCAGUUUGCCUGCAUCCUGGAUGGGUUAAAACCGAUAUGGGAGGUUCAAAGGCUCCAAUAGACAUAGACACUAGUGUCGAAGGGAUGAUCUCCGUGAUAAAAAAUCUGUCUGAAGAACACAAUGGGGGAUUCUACUCUUGGGAGGGAAAGAAACUGGAAUGGUGAAAUAUUUCAGCAGGAUAAAUGGAUGAAGUUUGACUUUCCCAGUAUACAUACACUUUAUGCGUAUUUUCUUCAAUAAUUGAACUGUUCCUUUUAUGAAA